AUUUCAAUUUGGUGUCUCCCAGAUAUCGAUGAAUGCAAUGAGAAUGUUAAAAACAACUGCAGCCAUUUGUGUAUCAAUAGUGCAGGAAGUUACUACUGUAAGUGUCCAAAUGGAUUCCAAAUGACUCAAGACAACAAGACUUGUAAAUGUCCAAAAGGUUUUCUGGAGUCGGUCAAUAGGACAAUGUGCAUGGGUAAGUAAUAACACAAAGACAGUCGCAGGUCAAAAAGAGGACAACAGCUAAUGAUAUAUAUGCGACCUUUUAGUCAAAUUGAUUCCACCGUCUUCGUCGUCCUUAUCAACGGCAACAACAGUUUGCCCCCCUCAAAACAUUAAAUCGGACUUGAGACCAAUUGCACUUACUAGCUGUCUAGCAAAAGUACUAGAAGGAUUUACAAACAAAAGACUUUUCGGACAAGAGUCUGGUACUAUUGAACCACGUAAAUAUGCGCGUCAUGGGCACUCUACAGUGCACGCAUUGAUUUAUUUAAUGCAAGCUAUACAUGAAGCUGUUGAUUCAGGAAAAUGCUCUGUCAGGAUAUUUUUUGCAGAUUUUACUAAGGGUUUUGAUAUCAUAGACCACCCCAUAUUACCAGAUGAACUCAGGUCUUUUAACAUCGAUCAAACUCCGUUUUUUUUGGAUUCGCUCCUUCCUUACCAACCAAACACAAGCAGUGCGCGUCAGCUCCUCUCUGUCAUCAUGGAAACAAGUCAAUGGUGGCGUUCCACAGGGAGCAAAACUCUGAUUAACGCUCUUUGCUAUUAUGGUAAACAAGCUGCUCUUGAAUUGGCAUAUGCGUACGAAGUAUCUCGAUGACACUACUGCAUUUGAGAUUAUCCCAAGAAACUCUAUUAGUAUGCUAGAUGUAGUUGUCAGAGGAAUCCAUGACUAUUGUAUUGAACACAAGAUGAAACUAAAUCCCAGAAAAUGUAACGUAAAUUUCAUGAAGAAUUCGAUUACUACAAUGUGACCCAUAAGUCUUGGAAAAUUAAGAAGUAGAGCGAGUAGGGUCGUAUAAGCUUUUAGAAGUUAUAAUUAGCGAUGACCUUAAAUGGAACGCUCACGUUGAAUAUGUAAUUGCCAAGGCGGCUAAGAGAUUGUACGCUCUCAGGUUGUUGAAGCGCGCGGGAGUCAUGCCGGAAGACAUGCUUAAGGUAUACACAUAUAACAUCAGAUCGGUCUUAGAGUAUGCUAUGCAAGUAUGGCAAGAUGUUCCUGCAUACCUUUCAGACACUAUUGAAUCUAUACAAAGAAGAUCCUUAAGAAUAAUAUUUCCAAACUCUAGUUAUCAACAGGCCAUAGACCAAGCAAAUUUGACAUCGUUAGCAGAUCCCAGGAUAUUUAUAUGUAAGAAGUUGAUGGCGGAUAUGAGGAAUGAGAGCACCCCCAUAUCUUUCUUAACUCCGCAAGUUAUGACAAGAUCUAUCCCAUGUCAGUUGAGAUCAGGAAAUACUAAAACCACUACAAUGAUGAAAAGGACAAAGAGAGCAAAUGACUCUUUUACUUUUAGGUUUUCUUGAUUCCAAUUAUUAUUGUAAUACUUAUUAUUGUAAAUAGACUUAAUUAUUAGUAUCCAAUUGUAAAUUACACUGUUUAUUCAGUUUUUAACUCCCAGAUAUGUUAAUAAACUAUUAUUAUUAUUAUUAUUAUUAUUAUUAUUAUUAUUAUUAUUAUUAUUAUUAUUAUUAUAAGAACGGCAAAAAAACAAUAGGUUUAGAUUGGCAAAACUACAACUUUGCACGUGUAUUACGCUUUUUUGUACAUCUCUUUGCCGUCGUUGCACGCCUGCGACGUGAAACUGCCUAAUUUUACGUUUUGUAGAGGACGUGAACACAAGAAAACAACUUUCUUUUUCUUUUUCUUAACUUCGAUACAGUCCUUUAGAAUUAAACUCCAGAAAAGUUCGCCAAAAUUUGACGAAUUGAACGAGAUGGAAUAAGCGCGAUAAAGAUUAAAGUAGCGCGAAUUCACUUUUUAAGUGACGUUUUUGUGCCGUCGUCGUCGUUGUUGCUUAAGCUCCCUAUUAGGGAACUUAAGAACCACGACGAAGUUCACGACGACGCUGUCUGUUGACUGGGAAAGGACUGGAACGGGAACGUCAGAUUCGGCGGGAGAAAGGAAACUGCAGAUGCAGUCGGUCAGUAGCUCGACGACGACGUUGAAUGUAUACAGCAGUGUUCUCACCAGGAUUUUGCCUUGGGGAGUCCCAGGGCCCCCUCUUCUGAGAAAUAGGGACCCUGUAAGAACAUUAGGGGGACAAAGUUACAAAAAACACGCGGUACGAAGAACCUGAGCCCGCAAUCCAAAUUGUCUGUUACAUGAAGUACCUACCUGAUCCAAUAUGGUGGAAGAGGUGUUUACGAUUCGGAGGAGGAGUUUACGAUGUAGUGGGACGUGCGUGGGACCAAUGAAAGUAACGGCAACAAAAUUAAAGACUUUGACUCAUCUGAUAUCAUGUUUUUGAUUUAUUCAAACAAACAGAAUGCUUUAGUCCGUUUGACUCGUAGCUUGCCCCUGCGCCCUAACGGGCGCAUCUUCUUGGUUUUAAUGCGCUAUUUCAGUUUUUCAUGCGGGAAUCCCGCAAGGCCGCGGCCUGGUGAGAACACUGUAUACAUAAAAGUAAAACUUUUUAUUUAUAAUUUUUUCAAUGGAAUUUUGGUUCACAACGGCAAACAAAACACACAUUCGCCUUCAGGCUUUGAGGAACUUAUUCAGUUUCACGAGGUGUUCGGAUCAAUUGCUCGAAUCGAGCAAGAGACAUGUCACUCGUCUGCAAUCACGUGUUCGCUGUUUUUUUUUUUUUUUUUUUUUUGUUUUUUUUUUUUCCCCCCCGGUAACACUUUUUUCCAAUUAAAUGCCUUGCUAUAGCUUUUUUCCUUUUUAUUUUUUUUUCUUCUAUUUUAAAAAUAAGUGCCAAAAUACUUACCUUUGCUUCAUAAGUGAUAAUAAAACUAACACUUAACUCGUUUUUUUUUUUUUUUUUUUUUUGUUUUGUUUUGUUUUUUUCCACCACGGAAACACUUAUUUCCAAUUAAGUGCAUUGCGAAAGCUUUUUUCCUUAUCAAUUUUAUUUCCUCUAUAUUAAAGAUAAGUGCCAAAAAAUUUACCUUUGCUUAAUAAGUAUAAAUAAAUCUAUCACUUACGCGGUUGCUCGCUCGGCCUCCACAGCUGUUGUCAUUCUUCAAAGUAAAACAAUUCAUUAGUCGAAUUUUCAAUCAACAUCGCUUGUUAGAGUAGUAGGAAACUAUUAGUAGCAACACAGUUUCAGGUAUAGCCAUCUUGACUUCUAAGCUGUGAUCUGCCAAGUAACAUUUCAACAAAGAUAUAACUGUAGCAUGUUUGUCUCUAAAGAAAAAUUUUAGUGAAACUGAAAAAUAGCAUCUCACCAUCAUAUUCCGAAAAAAUUUCUUCACGUUAUUGUGGGUAAAAAAAGGUGAAGCAGCAGUUGUUUAGAAUAUUGUUGAAAUGAUGGACUCAUUUGAAAAUGUACUUCUUGUCACACGAUGUCAUAAAUUUACGUUUACGGCAGCCACGUGGUCUUGUAGUUAACGUUAUCGUAGGUCAAUGAUUGUCCCCCCCGCCCCCCAACCCUCUCCCAUCUCAGGUUACAUAGGGCUAUCCGCCAUUUAUAGUAUCUAUAAUAUAUGGUUUUUAACGGUACAUUUACGUAGUCUUCCCAGAGGAUACGAAUUUCUAGCCCGUGUCGCAGACACUCUAAACCGCUUGAUGUCAGUUAGACGAUGCGUAAGCCAACUGCAACGCUAACUAACAAUUCCUCAUCAACGUCUUAUGACGAGAGUAAAAUGAAAUUUUAAUUAUGAUUUCAGAUUGUGGAAUGUCACUUCAUAAGGAGAACUUAACAUCGGCCGAUCUUCGUCGCGUUAGACAAAGUCAGCUUCGUGGACGCUUCCCAUGGGGUACAUCAGUAAAGACGUUUUUCCAGAUCGACCUCAGUAAAACCUAUAGGUUCAAAAUCACGGCUAUAGCUACUCAGGGAGGAGCGAACGUGAACAACCGGGUGAAGCGAUACGGACUUCGCUUUUUCGUUGGUUCAAAGCCAGUUCCUUAUACAGAGUCUGGUAUAGAAAAGGUUGGAUAUAGUUAUAGACCUUUAGGGCCAGUUAUUUGAACGGAGUUUAUACCGUGUUUAACAAAACCACGUUCUAAGCCAUUUUCAUUUUGCCCAACGUUUUUAUGUAAAUACUAUUUUUCGUGAACAAUUUGAACAAAGCAUACAGCGUAGACUGGAAAAGUACUUAUAUUCUUAAAUUAACUCCUCAAGAAAGAGAUCUGCAGGUCCAAUGAUUUCUUAAACCGCGGCCUAAGUUAGAUUUCGCUUUAAUAACCGACCCCUUAAGUUUAAUGCACACGCGAAGCCCCUGCUGAAAUUAUUUGUCUUGCUAUAGCAAGUGAGAUGAAGGCUUUUUCUUCUCCUUAACUUACUAUAAGAGGUUUGGCCAGCAAUAGGACCCAACAAGACAAGGCAAUGUUCAUUUGGAGUCUUAUACCGUCAACUAAUAGGAACACCCGACUUCAUCCAAAUAAUUAGAGAACUAUCAAUUGACAGGGGGUGAUAUAUAUCCCCCAUCCCCAUCCCAGAAAAAAAAAGGAAUGGAAAAGAAAAACAAUGCACCUAAUAGCCCAGAAUAUUUUGAGUAACCAUUUAUACUUUAAUCCUGGAAUUUUACUAAAAUGAACCUAGUCCGUUUAUAUUAGGGCCUGUGUAAGUAAAGUACACUUGUUAAGAGCAAAAGAGGAAAUCAGUAGCUAUACAAUCAAUUUAACGUUAUUAUACAUAACUUUGGAUCUUUCCAGUAAAGAAUUGUAAGUUCCUUUUCUUAUUUUCUUAUUUAUUUUGUAGUGUAAAGGGCUAUGUUACAGGGAUAUUGCUGUCUUUGGUUUUUGUCAGAGAAGCACAAAAUGCUCAUAGUUAUGAACCAGAUACCACUAACCCUAAUUAUCAUUCGAUGCAAAUGUUUCUUCCUUUUCAUUGGCCGAGAGCCCACCACGUGACCUGCAAAUAACUGCCUACAAAUAAUGGCGUGCGCGUGCGCAAUGUCGUUCAACUGUUUUUUGGCUGCAAAUACUAUUCUGCUCAUGCGUAAAUGAAACCACGCUUUUCUCCUUGCGAUCGCUCUUGCGUGAAAAUGGCAGAUCGCUUCGCUUCCCGAAGAUAUUCCUUAGAAAACAAACUCGGUGAUCGAAUGAUAAAACAAUUAUUGAACUCGGAUAUCGCAAAAUAUCGUGACUGGCAGUGUCUCGUAGAUCAAUUAUUUCCUUCAGCCUUCGGCUUCGGCAAAUAAUUGAUCUGCUCGCCCCUGACAAAUCACGAUAUUUUGCUCAACCUCGUCCAAUAAUUGCUAAUUAUUUUGCAGGCAUAGUUUCAAAACCAGGGCCCUUUUUUCAAGUUUCAAUCCAUGCCUAUCCGUUACUUUUAUCAAGGGCUAAAUAUGAGCUUAAAUGACAAACUGGGCCAUAAUUCUAGGAAUUAAAUUGAUGCGAAGACUCAUUUUUCAUUCGCUUUUUAAACAGGCUGCAAAUAGCGUGACAUAGCCCAUUUACUUUUUUGGUCUGUUUGUUGUUGUUGAUAUUGUUGUUGUAUUGGGAGGGUUGUUUGUUUCAACCUUUUAGUUACUUUUUUGAUUGUUCUUUUUUUCUGUAUUUCCAUUUUUCAAAGGUCAUAAACAGUAAUGAAGACGCUUACUCUGUUGUAAAGUACCAUUUCAAAGAACCCUUUGUUACCAAAACUUUACAAAUUUUCCCGGAUGUUGACACCUCGAAGGUGGUUUACUUAAGAACAGAAAUAUAUGGAUGUCUUCCCACUCCUGGUAAUGUUAUUAUCAUAGUGUGUUGAUAACGCAUGAUUUAAAGUUGCUCGAUAGGGUUUUUCAGGGGCAAUACCUCCCAAAUCUCAGCCCAAACUACCAUUAAAAAAUGCACACACUACGUGGGAUGCAACGUAAUUUCGCAUGUUUCCAAUCAAACAGCAGGUUCUCGACAUUAAGACCCUUAUCCUUAUGGUAGUACUAUCGAGGUCGAACUCCAUGGCUGCCUCUGCAGUACGAUAUGGCUAGCUGUGCACAUGCAAUAUAGACUAAUAGCUACCGGCCAAACUGCAGAGUUUCAAGUUUGCUACUUACUGAGUUGCUGUCUUGGUUAAAUUUGGCCUCAAAAUAAAGACUUCUCUUUGGGAUAGUAGUUUCACUUAUUAAAAUUAUUACCUCGGAUGGAGGCAUGGCAUUUUCUCUACUCCACAAGAACGAAAAUUUAUUCGAUAUGAACAACGAACCGUUUGCAAUAGGCCACUUCGGAGUUGCAAAAACCCUCACUUUCAAAAUGAGGCCUUUCUUAUGAAAAUGAUUUUAUUUCCAUGAGAAUGAAAGGUCAUUUCUACAUCAAAGGCUGAGCACUUGACCUCUUUUUGAUACAGAGGCUCAGGGGAACUCGGAAAUGGCCUUAUUAUGUUACCCACGAUUAGCAGGGCUAUUCUAGAUGGAUAAUAAUAAAAUAAUAACACAAAGCUCUGUGGAAAAUAAAACAAAUGAAAAAUAAAAUAUAAGCAAAGAAAAUAAAGCAAGGAAGCUCAAGGGAAAAAGGAAAAAAGGCAAACAGCAAUGCACUCAAUUUAAAUUUCAGUAUUUCAAUUCGACUUCCAAAGUGUUAAGAAGAAUAUUGUGGCACUUAAGGUAUGUUAUCGUAAAGUGUUUUCAAAGUAAACUAAAAUUGUUUAGUUCUUUUGUUUAAUCUUUUAAUCUUAAUGUAUGGUAUAAAGAAGCACGCCAUUCCAUUACUACCAUGGUUUUUUUUCUUCAUUUGGAAAAAAACUUGCGUCUGUUCUGGUUUUCUUUAGAUUGUAUCCUGGUUGGUUCAAUGUUUUGGGGACUGUGGUCGCAAAGAGAUCUAUCAAAUAAUUACUACAGGGCCUUCAUCUCAGGGAUAAAUGACACUCACAUUGAGUUCAUCUUGACAUUCAGGCACGAUUUCAAACAAGUAUACAAACGGACUGAUCCAGUACUUAUAAUAGAUAAGGAGCCAGAAAAGAGGGAAAUGUCAGUCAAUACAUCAGUUAUAGCUGUUCACAAACCUGCAAGGCCAGAGUGGUACCGAACCGGUACCGUGAUAAAUACAGCUACUUCAGAAAUGGGUGAAUUCUCAGUUAGGUUUGAUAAUGGUGAUUUAAGACUGGUUCCUCUACAACAGCUUUGCUUAGUUAAACGUCCACGAUUUUGUUAA